ACUUUUCUUCUUGAAGUGCAUCUAUGCUGAAUUUUUUUGUAGUUUUCCCCACCUUUGCCCAAACAUCUGCUAAAUAUGAUGACCUCCUAACAUUAGUUAUUCAGCUGAUCUCUGCGCACAUUAAAGAGGAUCCAACAGUCAGGGGCUUCAAAACCUACUACUCUUGGUGCAUGACUCGUCUAGACUUGCAUAAUCUGAGCACAGAUGUGGGGAAAUCACUUUCCACAAAUACAGUUAAUGCAGCGUGGAGUAAUGAUGUAAACAGCCUAUAUGUAGUCCAGUGAGUCUGCAGCCUGGGUAACUUAAAACACGAGCAGCUAAUUGUGUGUGUAACAUUUUCUGCAUACUAAAUUUCUGGACAGUGUUUGUAUAUUACUAAUGCAACAGAACGCAGAACCUUCGCCAUUUACGUACGACGUCUCUGCGCGUGCUCGCCCCAGGCUCGCUUGCGUGUCGGCGUCAUGGCAACGGAAACCCUCUUCAGACGGUGGUUCACCUGGAGGAGGUAUCUCCUUACUGGCUCCGUUAGAAAACAUGUCGCUGACUCCAGGCUGCUUGUUUUGUCGUGAUGUAGAGAUGAGCCACAUGAAGAAGAAGGGUCCCAGUGGUCUGAUCGCCGUGCACUCACCUUUUCCUGUCAGCCUGUUAAAAUCAGAGGAGUGCGUUACAGAUGUGAAGCACACCACGGAGAGCAAGAAGAGCAGAAGGAGCAGCUCACAGCAGCGUGAAAGGACGAGGAGCACCUGCAGGUCUGUAACGCCAGAGAAAAGGAAUGAGGUGUCUUAUGUGCCAGAGUGGGCCACCAAACGGGACUGGCUCUCUUACACCUCCCUCAGACAACUGCAGGCAAAGAUGAAGGCUGAGAAGCAGCAAGUGAAGGAAAUACUCCAGCCAUUACAGGAGACAGAAAAUGGGUUUAUCAAGGAGUUGGAGUUUUACCUCAGUCAGCGUGAUGUUACAGAGCUCAGGAGGAGAGAGCUGCUCCACAAACACUGGACUGAACAUGUCUGGUUUCCCAUCCAGCAGAGAGUGAAAGCGCAUGUGUCCAGCUGCCCAGAGGCCAAGAGGCGCCACAACCUCUACAAUCACUACCUCCAUGUCUGUAACUCCAAGGGGAAUGUCUUUCUAGAGACCUACGAUCCACAGGAGUACGAUCCUUUACUUCUCAAUAUCAAAAUGCAACAGGUGAACAACCAGGGGUCAUUGGGCCUUCGUUUAAAUGAAAGACCAACAGGAAAGAGAUUCUACUCAUCUUUGGGAUCAGCUGAACGGCGAACUAAAAGUCAUCGACCUCUGAGUGAGUCUGUGAAGUCUCAGGCCAACAAACGUCUACAUGCCUCAUCUAAAUAUCCAGCCUGUGGGUCCAUUAAAAGGCCAGUGGUCGUCGAGACUGAUAGAAGCAAGUGUAGCAGGCCUAACACUAUACCACUGCACAUCAGUGCAACAGCCACAUCAGAUGGAAGGUGCCACCAGACCAGCUGCUGGUUCUCUAGAUGUGGAUGUCUGCAGGAACCAUCAAGUUAACAGUGACUUUGGCUACUGUGUGCAUCCAAAUAAAAACAAACAAACAUACAUAAAAAACCUACUUCACAAUUUUCCUGGACAUUGUACUCGAAAGACAAACACAGAAAAAUGUUUUACUGUACAUACAUUUUAUUCAUGCCAGUGCCGUUUUCGGGAUUUAAUGGUGUACUUGCCAUAAAACCUCAAGCUUACACCAUAAGGCUAACCAUUGACAUUACAUUAUACAGCAGUGUGCAGCAGUUGUAAUAUAAAGAUACGUGAGACAGUGUGCGACUGUCCACACGUGUGUGUAACUGGCUGAUAUGUUGUUAUAUUCUUUAAUUAGCAGUGUGCCGAAAAAAAAAAAAAAAGAAUUUACAAAUCGAAAG